AUGGACGCGUUCAAGAAGGGUUUCUCUAGAGCCAGGGAUGGGGUCGUGGCGGCGGCGGAGAAAACCAAGCAGGGGAUGACUGGAGCAGCCGAGAUGACGAAAGAUGGGGUUAUGUUCGUCGGUACCAAAACAAAGGAUGGAGUCACAACAGCUGUGUCUGGAGUGUCACAGGUGGGUGGAGCCGUGGUUACCGGGGUUACCGCCGUGGCCCACAAAACGGUGGAGGGAGCAGGCAACAUUGUCGUUGCCACCGGAUUGGUCAAGAAGGAUCCGGCCAAACAAAGUGAUGAAGCCUCAGCAGUUCAGGAAAUGGCAGAGUCACCGGUCGAUACUGACCCUAAUGAGGCUACAGAGGACGACACCGAUGACAACUGAUUGAGAGCUUCACAAUCAAAGACCAAUGAUCAAUGACCGAAACAUUCCAUGUCGCUCUGCCAAGUCCCGUUGUGCCUCGUUUAUGGUCC